AGGGCCGAGGUUGGUGACGCUCCGCGGGACUCUCAGACGGACUGACAAGCUGAUCCGCUGAUCAGUUAGCCUUCCGCGACCUUGGUCCCUUGCCCUGUGUGACAAGGACAUUGACACAGUUACUCCGCGUGCCAGUUCAUUGGGCUGAGUCCUUAAAUCCUGGACCAGUCUGUCCCUCUGGAAAGUAGUUUCUCCAGGCAGGGUCGCUGUAACUGUCACCUGUGCUUUCAGCCCAGCUGCGGAAGACAGGAAAUAGCCAGGGGGAGACCCUGAGGAAGGGCCAGGCUGGAGCGCUCAGAACCUGAGACCAGGAGACCUGACCCAGAACCAGACCUCUACAUCCCAGGAUUCCUGCAGCGAGGGAGGUGACCUUGACCUGCACCAUCCAGACAUCCACAAAGAGAUCAGUUCCUGGAAGGAACCACCAUGUCCUCCAAUACUGCUGUCUCCAGCAAUGACUCCUCUUCCUCCUCCUCCUCUUCCUCCUUUUCCUCUUCCUCCGGGCUGCACCUCACCCUGAAGCCCGAGGACCAUGGCACCAUCAUUGGGUGUCACUUGAACUUCUCCCUAGAGAACUCAACCAGAAGUAGCCUGGCCAAGCUCCAAGCGGUCUCACCUGCCAGGCUGCUCAACUCCUCUUGCUCCUUGGAGAAGACGCUGCAGUGCAGCUGCUCCUUCCACGGGAUCCCCACGCCCUCUGUGCAGUGGUGGGUGGGCGGUGUCCCUGUGGAUGUGAACAGCGUGGAUGGUGGCCUCCAGGUGACUUCCACCACGCUUGGCCCCUGGGCCAAUAGCACCAUCAGCCUCAGGGGGGAUCCAGAAAUAGUCAGGAGGCUGCACUGUGCAGGCAGGAAUCCGUAUGGAAUCCACACUUGCAGCAUCUUCCUGAUACCAGGUAAGAGCUCCGUUUCCAGCAUGUUCCUGCGAGGGCUGGUCCAGGGCACGGUGUACGGGGCCAUGGCGUCCGCGCUGCUCCUCUUCUGCCUUGUCCUCCUUGCGAUGAAGAUGCUUAGGUGGAGGGCCAAAGAAGCCCUGGCCCUCAGGAGACCAGAGUUGCUGGGGCAGCCAGAAGCAUCCAGUGUAUUGGAAGCUGCAACCCCACAGGCCUGGGCUGGAGGUGCCACACUACACAGGGCACUGCAGGGACCCGGCCCAGAUGGGCCAACACCCCGCAGACCAGGACAGACUUACCACGUCUGGAUGCAGGUAAAAGCCCAGGAGAUGGAGAUGGACAGCCCCCGGCAGCCCGUGCUUCAGAAGGCGGUGGGAGCGACCGUGGAGGAGGCGCUGGCCGGGACUGGGCACGCUCCCAGCCCCGCACACCAUCGCCCACCUCCCCCAGCAGCCCAUGCACCUGGCCAGCACCUGGAGCUGACUAAGACAGCAAGUCGGAAGUCUGCAGGGAGGAGACUCAGGCAGCAGCUGGAGCUGUGGUCCCAAGCAGAACCUCCUGCUCCUGGGGAACCUCCGCUCUGCUCUUACGACCUGUCAGCUGAUGGAAUGAGUCUCGCCUACGCCGUCACGAUGAUCUUCACUUACAGUCACCAGAUUAGAACCACAACAACCACCCAGGGAACUGCAUGA